AUGACUCGUGGCAUAAAACAUCGCCAAAAGGCAAAGAGCAAGACCAAGAAACGGAGUGAAUCAUCGUCUUCAGCGCCUCAGGUUCCAGUUAAAGUGUGGCAACCUGGUGUGGACAAAUUGGAAGAAGAUGAAGAGCUUCAGUGUGAUCCUUCUGCUUACAACUCUCUUCAUGCUUUUCAUAUUGGAUGGCCUUGUCUUAGCUUUGAUAUUUUACGUGACACCCUGGGCUUAGUUCGAACAGAAUUUCCGCACACGGUGUAUUUCAUGGCAGGAACACAGGCCGAGAAGCCUUCUUGGAAUUCUAUUGGGAUUUUUAAAGUAUCAAAUAUUUCUGGGAAGCGACGUGAGCUGGUGCCUAAACGUGAAACUGAUGACUCUGGAAUGGAUGAUGAGGAUAGUGACAGCGAGGAUGAUAGUGAUGAUGAAGAAGAAGGUGGUGCCACGGGUCCGACUUUGCAGUUGCGGAAGGUAACUCACGAGGGUUGUAUCAACCGGAUACGGGCCAUGGCACAAAAUCCUCAUAUAUGUGCAACUUGGGCAGAAUCUGGUUACGUACAGAUAUGGGACAUGAGCUCUCAUCUCAAUGCUCUAGCAGAGACAGAAACGGAAGGUGUCCAAGGAGUUGAUGUAGUUCAGGCUCCACUGCAAAAAUUUAAGCACAAAAAUGAAGGCUAUGCUAUAGACUGGAGUCCUCUUGUUCCAGGAAGGCUUAUAUCUGGGGAUUGCAAUAAUAGUAUUUAUCUUUGGGAGCCUACAUCUGCUGCAACAUGGAAUAUUGAGACAACUCCUUUUACUGGACAUACCGGUAGUGUUGAAGAUCUGCAAUGGAGCCCUACAGAACCUAAUGUUUUUGCUUCUUGUUCUGUUGAUAAAACCAUUGCAAUAUGGGAUACUCGUGGGAGGUCACCAGCUGCGUCUUUUAAAGCACAUAAUGCUGAUGUGAAUGUAUUGUCAUGGAACAGGUUGGCUAGUUGUAUGUUGGCGUCGGGUAGUGAUGAUGGAACUAUAUCUAUUCGUGAUCUCAGAUUGCUUAAGGAAGGAGAUUCUGUGGUAGCUCAUUUUGAAUACCACAAGCAUCCAAUCACAUCCAUUGAGUGGAGUCCACACGAAGCUUCUUCACUUGCUGUUACAUCCUCUGAUAAUCAACUUACAAUAUGGGACCUUUCUUUAGAAAAGGACGAGGAAGAGGAGGCUGAAUUUAAAGCUAAAACCCAAGAACAUGUAAAAGCUCCUGAAGAUCUGCCUCCCCAACUAUUGUUUAUUCACCAGGGGCAAAAAGACCCCAAAGAACUGCAUUGGCACACACAGAUUCCUGGAAUGAUAGUAUCUACUGCAGCAGAUGGAUUCAAUGUUCUCAUGCCUUCAAAUAUUCAGAGCACACUUCCAUCAGAUGGUGCUUGA